AUGCAUCCCGAUCACCCGGUGCGGCAGAGAAACCGAGAGUACUGGCAACUUUAUGCUCAACGUGCCAGAAAAACUACCGUGCUCAACGAGACAUUUCCACCGCAGCACUUGGUCAAGGCAAACGAAAGCUUCGAUGCAGCUUCAAAGGCGCCGAAUUCACCGAUGAGGGAUGUGAGACUUUCGUUUAAAGAUGGAGCCAGCAACCGAAUUAAUAGAAAGGCUAUCGAGCUUGCCGUCGCCCACUACAAGAAGUAUUAUCUGCCGACAAUGGCUCAACUCAACGUGUGUCGCAUUGACCAUCAGUGUUGCUAUAUUUCGAGACUCUUACUAUGCAUCCCAUCUCCCAGCUUGGCAUAGGCUUCCGGCGCACUCCAGAGGAGCCAAUAGUGCAUGCAAAGGGGGUCGCGUGGGAUAGCCGGGGCGCAAAACUUCAUGGUGGUGGGGUGACGUCUGAAGGUGAGGUUCAAAUACCAAAUAGCGCCUGCAAGCAUAUCGGGCUAACGCUGCGCUCAAUUAAUACAACUUCGUGAUUGUGGUGCAGGACACACAUUCGAAGGACACCACAUCUUCAUGGCGCCUAAUACAGCAGCUGUAAUCAAUCACCGACUCGAUGGUGUUGUGGGAACGACUAGGCCAGAUGGAUUCCCAACCACUAGUGACAAGGAGCGACCGCCUGAUCGCGCAAUGGUCUUCGUUCCUCCAGCUGAUGCUCAUCUAGGCACGCGUACGGGUCGCCCAAGAAUGAUGCUCCGAGACAGCGCCGUCCAAGCGGUGAGACAUGUGCCUGGGAGGGUUAUUUUGCCCGCUGAUUGGGCGGGCUCUAGUAAGCUCUCGCCCGUAAAGAGCAAGAAGCGGGUUCAAAUCGUGCUUGAUCGCCCGGUGUCGCAUGCUCACGGUGCAGCGAUAGACCAGGCUUUGAAUGCGCACAGGGAUAAGUACCACCCGCAGAUCGACAGAUUCAGAGUAAGUCAACGAGACUAGGUUGAUCGCAACGACGGCCGAUUGACCGUCCAGCUUCGCCCCUCAAAGGUCCGGAAGACCAUCCAUGCGGACGCGAAAGAGCCGAGGCCUCACAUCACCGCAGCAGCCUAUGAUGCCAAAGGGAACAGUGUGCCCGGGGGAGGAAUCACAAGUACUGGCGUACACCAUCGUGAGCACAAGGUUUACCUCGAAGAGGGAACUCUCGUGCACUUGAGCAGAGGUCGGCACGGGAAAAUAGGCCGCACCGUUCAUGCGGAAAAUCCCGGUCCUAAAGCGAAAGUGUCUUCAACCCGUCACGAUCUUGGCGGACGGUACCCCAUAGUUGACAAAUUUGGACUCUGGCGAGGUCAGACUGGAAGACCUCUUCAGACUAGGCGGAAAUCAAGAUCCAAACAUAGCAUUUAUGAGGGGGGAGAAACGAGCACAGGCACAACAAUCCCACCAGAAGCGGCCAGACCCGAGAAUGCCACUCGUCAACUAAGGCUGCCCCAGCCCACAGCUGAAAAGCACUCCGUGGAUCAAGGGGGAUCGCUGGCACCCAGUGGAAAGCGGAGAAGAAUUUCGUUGGGAGCCGUUCCAACACUCUCGCCUCCAGCUACGACAUCGGCCCCCGCUGAGACAAGCAGGGCUUGGAUCAAUGAGGCUUUGCCCUCCCCUGGAAAGUCUAUACGCGCUGAUGUAGAAGCCGCUUCCGAUCAUUGGGCGCUCCAUGCUCCUCCAAGCCAAUUGUCUCCCGCACACGAGGCACGUACGCGGCACACGCCGCCUUCUUCCGGCUCGAGUGCCCUACCAGGAGAGCACAUACACCGCAGGCCCACAAAUGUCGAGCCUACGGACGCCUUCUGGCAUGCUCACUUGAGCGAUUUCAACACACCGAAGCGGCUCAGGCUCUCUAGCCAUGCGAUUGCUGCGAUUGCUGCUGGGGUGUCCUCGAAGAAUCCGUCCAGCCAGCAGACGCCUGGCAAGGACUUGCUGCAAAACGCUCCAACAGUGAGCAGCACGCAUGCAGGAAGUACCACUACCGAGCUGGCGAAGGUUACAGCCGCAUGGGAGACCGCUUCUGGCUUGACGCCGCACGUCGGCGGCCAUCAACACUUGAGAACGACUUUCUCGAAUACUGGCGCGUACGGCUUGCCCUCGACGGGGCUAGAGCACAAUGUUGCGCCUGUCCAGACGGCAGCGCAUACGAGUGCUCCAGACAAUGCGGGUACGGGUGAAUACGCCCAUCUUCGCGCACAAUCCUUAUCGCUGAAUCACGACGUGGACACCCGGCACGCUGUUUAUUACUCGGCGCAGAAGGACUCUGCGCCUAGUGAACCUGGAGAUCAUCUUGGUAUCGCGACCGAGCGGGAUCCGAGCGUGCUCGACUAUGUACAUCCGCAAUCCCCUUCGUUGUAUCAAGACUGGCAAAGUCUGCACCAAUCUCAGCACUUGCCCGAGCACCACGCUGUGCUCACUCCAUCGAGCGCGCAUGUGGGCGCCCCGCCCAUUUUUCACACAGGUGCUCCGUAUCACGUGGACACUCACUCUCCUCCACGAGAGCAUGACUGGGACGAUCUGCGCCAUCUUUUUCGCACGCCCGCGCACUCACCCUUGCACUCGCCCGAACGCCUCUUUGAGAGUGGGCUCAAGAUCUCGCCCCGCGCACGCUUCUUCCAUUGGUAG